CUAUACAGCGGCUCCCUUUCCAGGCGGAGUCCCGCAGGCUGCAGUGCCCCAAACCCCUUGCCUGUGCAUCCUGCAGCAGAGCCCUACCAAUAAAGUUAUUGUUGAUGCUGCCCGGUUACAAGAUGGCGGCUCCCAUGGAGACCGCGUGAAUCGCUCCUGGCUGCUUCGGGUUCCUGCUCUAAACGUUCCUGUGACACCAAAGUUCUGGAACUUGAAGAGUUCCUAUUCCCACAGAAAACUGCGGAUUCCUUUCUGUAGUUGAACAUCAACAUUUCAUCUUCAGAGACUGCUGUCUCAGCAGGAGGCCCUCGCAGUUGUCUUACAUUGUUGCAGCAAGAGCUGAGCACAGCUGAGGCCUGGCCUUUGAACAUGUCAUUUUGAAGGGGGAAAAAUGCCAGCCUCUUUAAGAAAACUACAGCAAAUGGCUAUUUAUCUGGGGCUGUUAAGUGGUGGGGGAUGUGCUGUGAUGUAUUAUCUUAUGCAAAAAAAUUUUGCCAGGACACAGUAUUAUCAGCUGGCUAUUGAGCAGCUCAAGAAUGACCCUGUAGCCUUGGAGGCACUAGGGGCUCCCCCUCUUAAAGUUCACAACAUCAGACUGACAGACAAGAGUAAUCGCGUUGACAUGGCCAGAGCACAGUUAAAGAUACCAGUAUCUGGAACAAAAUCGGCUGGAUAUCUCCAUACCAAUUCAGUAAGAGACCUCUCCCACAACUGCUGGUGUCUCCGAGAUGUCACCUUGCAACUCAGGGAUGGUCAGAAUAUUCCAGUGUACCACUCGUGUGUGGAGAGCACCAACACACAGGAGGGGUGAAAACCAAAGACAGCUGCUUUGCACAUCCUGUCACUUGCGAUCUAUUGAUUGGUUGCAUAUUACUUUGAAAUUGUCCAUUUGUCACAAUACUGAGUGUACAGUUAAAUGGACAAUCUUACAGUCCAAUUAUUUCUCUAGCACUGAGCUCAGUGCUAGUAUUGUUAAUUUCAUUCUUUAUUUGUCUGUAUUGUAGAAACCCAAAAUAAAGAUUUUACAGUACUAUUACUGUUCCAGAAUGUCAAAUUGUUAUAUCUUGUAAGUGCUGCUAUGAUUUUUUUUUUUUAAAAGGACUCUUGCUGG